AUGACUGGAUUGUUACUCAUCUUUCACAUCGUUGUGUUUGCGUUUUCACAGGCUCCCUUCGCUAUUGCAAAUGCAGAGAAUAAAUGGGCAAUCGUGGCAGCAGCGUCUAUUGGUAUCUCUGUAGCUAUUUGUCUCCCCGUAAUCAGAUAUCGAUGGUACGAAAUGUUUGUCCGCGCUCACCAGUGUCUGGCGAUCGUAUCGGUGUACGGCAUCUGGGUGCACAUCGCUCCACAGCGCUUACUCCUUCGACUCCAUGUAUAUGUGUUAGUUGGGAUCGCCGGCCUCUCCGUGAUGCUUCUCGGUCUUCUCGUAAUUUAUCGCAACGGCAUCUUUCGUUCUCGGCUCCCUCGCGCCGAUAUUAUGCACGCAAAAGGCGCCGUGCUCGUCAGAGUUGUCCUAUCCCGUCCGGUCCGUGUGAAGGCUGGCCAGUACAUCUGUCUUUGGCUGUUCAUACCGUCGACAAGCUUCCACGCUCUCAUUGAGUAUCAUCCAUUUGUGGUGGCAUCUUGGUCUGACGCCCCUCUCGAUACGUUGGAUUUAUUGAUCGAGCCUCGCACGGGAUUCACCCGGCACCUUCUCCAUCGCAGCCAGACACGACAAGAUCUUUGCCGUGCCCUCUUCAGCGGGCCACAUGGCAAUAGCAUUCCAGUUGGCGACUACGAGGUCGUCCUAAUGGUCGCUAGCGGGUAUGGGAUCGCUGCGCAACUGCCGUAUCUCAAGGAGCUAUUACACGGGUACAACAGCCGCAAGGCACGGUCUCGCCGUAUACAUCUUGUUUGGGAAUUGAAAACAAUUGAUUUGGCGAUUGCAAUUGAAAGUCUACUGAACAACGCGCUUGUUGAUGACACGCUGGACAACGGUUAUAUAUCUGUGUAUGUCGAGAGCGUGGAUAGGCAGAAAAAAAUAAGCCCAAGGGCUGAAGUCAUCAAGGGCUUGCCCGAUUGGUGCUCUAUAAUGAGAGAAGAGGUUGAGGGAAAAUACAUCAAACGGGUACAGGCGGAAGCCUCUACGCGAGGCGACAUGAUUGUCACAGGCAAGUAA